AUGAAAAGCAAGGAAUUUGGUUUACAACUUGACGAGGCUACUGACAGUAAUGAUGAUACACAUCUUAUUUGCUACGUACGCUUUCUGGCUGACAAUAUCAUUGUCGAAGACCUUUUAUUCUGCAAAAGCAUAAUCGGAAGUGCGAAAGCCCAAGACUUGUAUGAAAUUGUAGACAAGUUUUUCACAGAAAAUUGUUUGGAUUGGAAAAAGUGUAUUGGUGUAUGUACUGAUGGUGCUCGAUCGAUGUCUGGCAAGUGUGGGGGAUUACAAGCACUUAUUCGUAAAAAAACACCGAAUGCUAUGUGGACCCAUAGCAUCAUCCAUAGGGAAGCUCUGGCAUCAAAAUCAAUGAGCUCUGAACUGAACCAAGUACUAGAAUGUGUAAUUAGUGUGGUAAACUACAUAAAAACUAGGCCUCUAAAGGCUAGACUUUUUAAAAAACUAUGCAUAGGUAUGGGAGCUGAAUAUGCAGCCCUGCUGUACUACUGUAAUUCACGAUGGUAUUCACAUGGAAAUGUUUUAUUUCGUGUGUUUGAAUUACACGAAGAAAUUUCUAUUUUUUUAUAUCAAGAACGUCAAGAAAAUGCCAAAUAUUUUACUGAAACUGAUUUUUUGCUAAAGCUAGCAUAUUUAUGCGAUGUGUUUGAGAAAUUAAACAAUUUAAAUCUGUCUUUGCAAGGCAACAACACGCACAUUCUGCAACUUUCGGAGUAGAUUCGGAGUAGCGGCAUUUAGAAAGAAACUGCAGUUGUGGAUAACAAAUUUAAAAGAAGGAGGCGGUCAAGAGUGCUUCCCGCGAUUGUAUAAUUAUGUGGCAUCAAAUGAACUGGUUGUUUCACAAGACCUGAUCGUCCUUUUCACGGAACACCUAGCGAAGCUCUCCGAAUUAUUUUCAAAAUAUUCCGCAAAUGAUGAUGUUGAAAAAUUUGCGUGAAUCCAAGACCCUUUCCAUGCACAAUAUCCACAAGGAUUUACAUCACAAGAUAAAGAGAGUCUUAUUGAACUUUCUUGCGACAGCAGCCUUAAAACAAGAUUCACGAGUGUCGAUUUGGUUGAGUUUUGGUUAUCGAUCCAAAAUAAAUAUCCAAAUUUAACUUCCAAAGCAUUAAAAAUUUUCAUUCCGUUAGCAACAUCGUAUUUAUGUGAAGCCGGGUUUUCAGCUGUAGCUGUGAUAAAGAACAAAUAUCGCUCAAAGAUCAAUGUUGAGCAAGAAAUGAGAGUAGCAGUGUCAAGUCUUAUUCCCCGCUUUGAAAAACUGCGGAGAUCACCAAGCUCACACUUCACAUUGAUUUUUCUGAGUAAAUAUCGUAUUUAAUUUUUGUUUGUUCUUAAUUCUUUCUUUUUGUUUUCCUUUCAAAUUCUUUUAUAAUAAAAAUUCAACUUUAUAUUGUGGUGUUUUAAUUUUCGUUACGAUCAACCAAACUUAACUACUAUUAUUGUAGGUACUUAUUUCUUUCGAUUAUUUUCCUCAAAUAGUUAACUAGGACAGGGCGCCGUGAAAAAAUAUUAAACUUGUAACUGCGCCGCGGGUUACAAAAGAUUGGAAACCCCUGGUAUGGACAGCAUUUCCUAAACAUUGGUUUUUACUUUUUUCAGUCUAAGUUACAUGAAAUUGCGGAUUUACUGAUACAAUGGAUAAUGAUGACUUACGGGUCAUUUUUAUCGAGCCUCCUAAUACAGAUGAAGAUUCUGCCGAUAAAGAUUCUGGUGGCCUGAUUGAAAACUUGACAUGUAGACAACUAUUACGGGGUGCAGAAAUAGUUUCACAAAACAUAAAUAAAGAGGAACCUGGCGAGUGUUUAAGCGCCUUGGGUCCGAUCAACAAGUAAGAAGCGCAAAAUAACUUAUAAGUGGAAUAAAUCUAAUCGUCCUGACCAUCCUUCAUCACCAUUUUCUCCGUCAUCAUGUCAUAAUUAUACAGAUAUGUCAUGCAAUGAUAUGUUUCAACUAUUUUUCGAUGACAAGUUGUGUGAAUUUCCUAUAGAACAAAGUACUUGUUAUGCAUUAUUUUUAAACUGUCCAGAUCCUCGAAUUGGUACUGCAGAGUUUAGAUGUUUUAUUGCUAUUUUGAUAUUGUCAGGGUAUAAUUACCAAGUAAAAGGUCGUACUGGGAUAGUGGUAAUGACAUGCGUAAUACAUUAGUUUAUAAUGCUAUGAGACGAGACAGAUUUAUUCAGAUUUUGCGUUUUAUUCAUGCCGCUGACAACAAUUACCUAGACAAAAUGGGCUUUUGA